AAUCAGGCUGACAACUUCAACUCAGUUUUUGUUAGCAAAUUGUUGCAGCACAUUAAAAUAAUUCUUAAUAUCUUUUUAUGCAUUAAAAGUCGUCUUAUUUUGUUGAGAAAGCUACGUGUCAAAGCUACUUUAAUAUAUUCAAUUGUUUUGUUUACGUGAAACUUUCGUUUGUUAAGUGUUCAGUGUGGUAAAAUAUUAAUUUAUAAUGUGUCGACAUAUGAUGAAUAAUAAGAAAUUCUGGAGGAAUGUUGAACAUCAUCUUGGCCCACUGAAUGAAGAAAUUUGCGCACUUUUGACGAGGUUAGGUUUUAAUUCUUAUUCAAGCUUCAAAGGCACUCCCGAUGAAUUAAUCUUCAUGGACAUUUUGGAAUCUUACAUUAAAAUAGUGUUCGAUCAGACGCCAAAAUACUUUGAUAUACGAUAUCGUCGUUUAAUUUUUAUGGUUGAAACUUCUCGUGAACUUAAGCCAUCUUAUAAAAGUAUGAUUAAAGCCAUUCAUCAACUCAUCAAAGUUACUCCAUACGAACAUUUUAAUUCAACAGCGUCGCCACCAUUUAAACCAUCGCGAGAUUUCAAGUUUCGUAAGUUUUGUGAGCAGUGCAAAGCAAGACUUAACUACGAUGUAAUCAUAAAAAUGUAAAAUUCAAAUUUUCCAAUGCUUAGUCAUUAAAAUAAAUCAUUUCCUUCAUCAAUAAAUCGAAACCGAUCAUUUCUCAUUCUUCCUUUAAACAUUCCUUUAUGCACUAAUCCUACACAUCA